UUAGGUGCUGAGGAACAUAUGCAGAAGGAGCUGUUUGGCUCAUGUACUGCGGUGCCAUCUGGAUAGCUGCUGUGGGAAACAGAAUGCUGGACCACUGGGUAGACCCUUCAUAGAGUCAUGGAACCACAGAAUAUUAUCACCAGCCACAUUCCGAUGAAAUGGAAGAGGUUUCCAAUAGAUAUGGACCAUUUCACCUCAUGGCUAAGCCAGUCCUCCUCUGAGCGGCGACAUGCAUGGGCCAGGCAGAACUGCGUGUGGCACAGCACAGCUGCAGAAGAGGAGGUACGCCACGCCUUGCCAGAGCUGCAGACCCCAUUCUUGGAGAACAGUUUUUUGGAAGGGAACUCAUCGAAUAAGAUCGAGAGCUGGCUGGAGGAAUGCAGCUCUUCAGUGGAGCCUUUCCCAGAAGGCAUUGCUGCUCCUGCUGCCUCUGGGUCCUGCAGCAGCAGAACCAGCUUUGAAGAUGAUCUCACCCUGGGAGCAGAAGGUAAAGGUAUCUCAGAGGUGCUGGACCUCUGUGAGGUUGAUGCUGAGACCAUCCUCUGCAACCUGGGCUUCAUGCAGGAGGAGAUGGAGGCUGCAUCUUGGAUCCCAGCUCGGUUCUUCGCUGUCCCAUCCCAGGCUCAGGGCAUUGAUUUCCAGCUUCUCCUGAGAUCCCAGGUGCAACGGAUUGAGAUGGAGGACCCUUGCCUGAUGUUGGCCUCCCGGUUCAGGCAAGUGCAGACUCUGGCUGCAAUGGCUGAUGCUUUCUUCUGCCUCUAUUCGUAUGUGUCUAAGACACCCGUGCAGAAGAUUUCACCUGUCCACUUCUUCUGGGCCUUGUCAGAAAUUCCUGAUUCCUGGAACAUUCCCUGUGAACCCCAAGCUUCAUCUCCUUUCCAGCGCCUGCGAAGAGCUGUUUCUAGGAUGUGCUUGUACACCUCACCCCGAGAAGGAGAGAGCCCUCUGACGUCUAAUGUGCAAGCUCCCAGGAGUCGCCUGGAACAGAUUGUCUCAGAAGUGAUGAAUAAGGCUCGCAAAGAUAGACUUUGCUUUGACAUGGAGGAGGAGGAGGAGGAGGAGGAGGAGAAAGAUGAGGGGGCAGCUCCCACAGGGCCAACUGGGGACCCCUUCUGCCAAAGCAGAAUAGGAAGUGUCUUCUCAAAGUCCACCGCAGUGGAGGUCACCCCUCUGGCUUCUUGUUUCUGCUGGGAUGCUGCAUCUCAUUCCAGGGGAAACACUAGCCCCAUCUUACCCUGGCUUCCACCCUGCUCAGGUGAGGCAAGCCUGGAGGGUCCAGACCAUUAUGGACAGUGUUCCCCACCAGUGGCCUCAUCUCUUGAUGAUAGCAGUGAAGAAGAGUUGUGUGGUGACUGGCUGAAAGGAGACACUUAGGCAGCUUUGGUGGAGAGAAAAUAGUGAAGAGUGAGCAAUGAGCAGAUCCAAGCCACUUCUUGAUGAUGAACUCUGCAGCAAGACACUGUGCCAUCUCUUAGACCUGGAUCUGGGCUAUGAGAAUAAAUUUCCGUGGCCUACCUUA